GCGCAACAAUCAAUGCCGCGUGGGGACAGAAGUUGAGGAGGCGCGCGCGCUCGGGACUUGUUGCGCUCGGAGAAAGGCAGCGGCGCGCGCGCGCGGCACCGCCUCCGCCUCCGCGCGGCGCCCAGAUAAAGUGUGUCAGCGCGGACAGCGCAGCUCUCACCGUCUGAACCAUGAAGCUGCUGCUGCUGCUGUCCGCGCUCGUGGCUCUGCUCACCGGCGUGCGCGUGCUCUGCCAGGAACCCGAACCCAAGGAGGACGCGGACUACUGGACAAGCACGAACCACAUCCAGGACGGCUGGCUGUCCAGCGAGCCGCUCAGAGAAAUGCUGCUGAGGAUGACGAGGAAGCCGCGGCCGCAUCAGUUCAUCGGUCUGAUGGGGAGGCGCUCCACGGCAAACGCACAGAUCACCAGGAAAAGACAUAAAGUGAACUCGUUUGUGGGGCUGAUGGGAAAAAGGAGCCAGGAGGAUCCAGAGUCUUACGAGUGGAGCACAAUACGGACGUACGACCAGCGGCGCUGAGCACCUGCCAUCUUCUCGUCUUGUUACUCUCUUGGGCCGGGGAGGGGGGGGUGUUUGGUUGUUUUUUUUGUUUUGUUUUGUUUUUUUAUUUUUCUUCCCCCAGCUGUGUAUAAAUGUUAGCUGAAUAAAGCGAUUGUUUUCAUGUGCUGGUGAUGUCUCUACCUGUGCCGUCUCAUCUGUACCAGCAGAAGCUGGGCAAAAGAAGGUGUAUGGGGGGGCUUUUCGUUUAGUGGUUUUUGUGACAGCCCUCCAUCUGCUGCAAACAUCAAUGCCAGUUUCACCUGGGGAGGUGGGUGUCUUUUAUGGUCUCCUAAUUUUCUGUCUGGCGCAUCUGGAUAGAUUCCUGCACCUUGGAGCGUUGUUGUGUUCUUUACCUGUUGUGCUGUGAUGACAUAAGCUGCCCCCACCUCACCCCCCCACCAUGAACAUUCAUUAAAGGACUCUAUCAACAAACUUCA